GGAAUCAGUCACUUCCGUGCUUACCUAUUAAGAAGUCAAAGGAUUACUCGGGCAUGGUCGGGCGAUGGGCAACGGUGCUGCAGAGCAUGGACUUUGACAUUCGUCAUCGAAAGCACGAGAGACACGGGAAUGCGGACGGACUGACACGACUGCACCGGCCUGAGAAGGUUCCAAAGAGUGAGGAGUGGACGGGCACUAUCGAGCACCUUACGUGGAUCGAGAAUCCGGAGCUGCUGAUCAUACAGGGUUGGAGGACUAACACGGAAGGAGAUUUUAUUGGAUUCCCCUUUGGAUCGGUACGACCGGGCCGCCCUCAGUUGAUUCCACAGGAGCUCAUCGCACCGAUCGUGCAAUUGGCGGACGAUCUCUCGCCCGACAUCUACUUUCAUAGCGACAACAGUCCUGCUCCGUACAUGUUCGAGCGAGCCUUGGAUCCGUACCUUCAGUGGACUUCGUGCUUGGAGGAGCCUAGGGACGAGGAUACGCUACCAUCGCGGCAGGAGUAUCUGAAGCCAUACGAGAUCGUCCCUUACGCCUUCUACCCGAGGGCAGAAGAAGUGGUGAUUGACGACAACGACGACGAAGAAGAAAACGACAACGAGGAGACAUUGGAGGAGGGAAGCUAUAGUGAACAUAGCGAGGGCGAGCUGAGUGAAGAGGAAGAAGAAGGAACCGGGUCCGAGUGGGAUGCCCCGCCGGAGGAAGCGACGCGUACGGGAACGGAGGCGGAAGAUCCGGAAGCGGCGUGAAAGCGCGAAAAGAUUGCCUCGGGAAAG